CACUUUUCCGGUGCGGCAGAAAAAGAUGUCGGCGCCCUUACGAAUGUCAUGUUGUUGACUGUCUCCAGAUAAUUGUGUUUUUAAGCGCUAUUACAUACACGUUAAGCUUAUAUUGAAUAAUAUUACAGGCGUAUCUACAUGAAGUUACCGGAUUUAUAAGAGUAUCUAUCAGUCAUGGUCCAUUUAUCUUCUUUCCUGCUCAAAAAAUAUCAUGGUGGGCAUGUGGUAAUCAGGCUGGCACUAGGAGGUGCCACUAACAGACCCUUCUACCGCAUUGUGGCUGCUUAUAAUAAAUGGGCCAGAGACAGCAAAUAUAUUGAGCAGCUGGGCUCAUAUGACCCUCUCCCAAACAUACACAAUGAAAAACUUGUCGCCUUCAAUUACGAAAGAAUCAAGUACUGGAUUGCAUGUGGGGCUCAUACGACAAAACCAGUGGCCAAACUUCUAGGAUUGGCUGGAUUUUUCCCGCUGCAUCCAAUGACAAUAACAGAAGCGGAGCGGAGACAGAAAGCAGCUUUGACGGAAGAAGUUAAAAUGGACAGACAAGAACAAGUGGAGCAGAAGGAGGCACUGUAAAU